AAUUAGUGUUAUUGGACCCCAUGAACAACAAGAAUGCUUUAGUUUCAUUUUUCAGCACGCUUAAUCCCCUCUUCCCCCCACCCCUUUUAAUUUCUUUUGCCAUUUUGCUUUAUUUCACCAUGAAGUGUCAUCAUCAUUCCACGCUCAAGAAUCAUUUCUUCUUACCCUUUUCUUUUUUCGCAAACACCACAUUCACAGAAUGUGUGAGUUCUGUUGAGGGAACAUCUCCAAGAAGCAGAACAAGUACUUUUCUUUACCCUUUUCCAUUUCCUUGAUCUGGUGUGUACUACUACUAUUACCCUUACCCUUCUCAUCUAUUACCUCUUCAAGCUUUCUUCUUUAAGACUCAUUCAAUAGGAAGGGGAAAAAAAUCAUGAUUUAUCCAAUGGUUUUUCCUUAGUGAAAAAAUAAAAUAUCAAUCCUUUCUUUUUGAUGUUGUAGCUAGACAAUGCCAGGAAAAGGAGUUCUGCUUUACACAUUGUUAGUGUUAUAAUCAAGGUUAUAGAAAAACAAUCCAUGACUGCAAUUACAACCGCAAUGUCAAGAUUUCUAGAGUUUCUGCAACCGCAAUUGUAGCAGCAUUUAUCUUCAAUAACACGAUCCAACCGCAAUUUAAAACCUGGGUUAUAAUCUUGUCUCUUUGUCUCAUGGGCUCUGCUUUUGGUCUGAUUUUGAUGAUAUUUUCCUGGGUGUCAUUUGCAUUUCCGGGAUCUGAUGCUCAGAGUGUGAAAUCAGCUCAUGUUCUUGACCUUAUCAUAAGAGAUCAAACAUUCAAGACAUUGGACAAGAGCUUGAAGACAGCAAUACCACAAUCGGUGAACUUACCAGCAAAUCUUUCAGGCAUUGGAGUUGAUGCAGUGAGGUUUAGAUGUGGCAGUUUGAGAAGGUAUGGUGCACACUUAAAGGAAUUCCAUCUAGGUACCGGUGUGACUGUGCAUCCAUGUAUUGAGAGGGUCAUGUUGAUCAGACAAAACAUGGGGUACAAUUGGUCCUCUAUAUAUUAUGCUAACUAUGAUCUAUCAGGGUACCAGCUUGUGUCUCCAAUUUUGGGACUCCUAGCUUACAAUGCUGAUGAUGAUGCAAACUCAAGCAACCCUUUCCAACUUGGGAUUGUGGCUGGAGAGAAGCCAAUGACAAUUGAUUUCACCAAUGCCACAAAGUUGAACAAGGAAGAUGGGGUGAAGCCCUUGUGUGCAAGUUUUGAAGGUGAUGGAAGAAUGACACUCGCAAAAGCAAAUCCUUCAACACCACUUGUUUGUGUUGCAAAGAGGCAUGGCCAUUUUGGUUUGGUUGUGGAGUCCCCACCAGAUCAGUUCAGGAACAAGCCCAUAAGUAGGUGGAAAGUGGCUGUUGGGAGUACAAUUGGUGCUGCUCUUGGUGCUUUUCUUUUGGGAUUGCUUCUUGUGGCAAUGCUUGUUAGGGUGAAGAAGAGAUCAAGAAUGGUGGAGAUGGAGAGGAGGGCCUAUGAAGAAGAAGCCCUUCAGGUAUCAAUGGUUGGACAUGUGAGGGCUCCUACUGCACUUGGCACUAGAACCACACCCAUCAUUGAGCAUGAGUAUAUACCUCAUCACCCUCGUUGAAUGGUUUCAUUGUGUUGCUGAUCAAUCAAUUUUGUAACAUUGUAAGAUGACAUUCAAUCAAAUUUGUUAUAGGCCAAAACUAUGACAAGUUCUGUUAUGCUGCUGUUCAAUCAAUUUUGUAACAUUAAGAUUAUCCCUUUCAAUCAAAUUUAUCAUAGGCCAAAAUUGUGAAAGUUUCAUUAUGUUGCUGAUCAAUCAAUUUUGUAAC